GGUGCAGCACCGAGCAGACCCGGAAAGCAGGAGAUGCGCCGUGCAGAGAAACAUGGCGUAAAGUGAGUGUGUUGCACAUGUGUCAGUGAUUUCGGGUAAGAGGUCAGUUCCUGAAUCGGAGUCGGUUGUGAACCGUGAGUCGGCUCCGGCGGAUUUGUCUUUGGGAGCGGCACGCCGAGUGGACUUGCGGAUUCUUAUCGUGGAAACACGCCGGGCGCACACACGAGUGAGAGAGACGCGCGAUCGAGUCUGUCAUCGCGGAUAUUUGUUCGUCGGACCGGCCACACUCAGCCAUUUCGCCGACACCGCCGUGAGGCUCGCACAGCCGUGGAUCAUGGUUUGCAGAGCCGGUGAAAAGAUCCAAGUAUGUGUGGUUCAAUUUAAUAUGCCUUUCGAGGUUGAUCGUAAACUAUGUAGCGAUAAAUUUUCCUUAUAUGUAUCAACACGCGUGAAAGAUCUUUACAAUCAUAUCGAAGAGCAUUAUCACAUGCAACCGGAUAGCUUUAGGUUACGUCUAUGCACAUCGUCAUGCAAAAUGAUUGAUUUGUCUGACGUGAAAGACAAAACAAUGGAGGAGAUUGGAGUGGAUUUCUCGGUUGAUCCUAGCGUAUCUGAAAAGAAGAAUACUCUGUUUGUUGUUGAUCCAACCCAACCGUUUAUCGAUGCGACACCACCGAAAAAUGCGGAAUACGGUUUGCCAACGUAUAAUCUAGCGAGUGCGACGCCGCAUGCGUGGGGAUUGGAAGAGGACAUUGUUAGAGAAGAUGUUAGAGAUGGUAGAGAAGAAGUUAACUUCCGAAGUUUCAUUAAAACUGAGACAAGCUACGUCGGCUUAGUCAACCAAGCGAUGACUUGUUACUUGAACAGUCUUCUCCAAGCAUUGUACAUGACGCCGGAAUUUCGGAAUGCGUUGUACAAUUGGGAAUACGUAGACGGCUCCGAAAAGGAUGAAGCUCUAAGCAUACCAUAUCAAUUGCAGAAACUAUUUCUCAAUUUGCAGACAUCUACGAAAUCUGCGGUCGAAACUACAUCAUUAACUAAAAGCUUUGGAUGGGAUUCUACUGAAGCAUGGCAACAGCAUGACAUUCAGGAACUUUGUAGAGUUAUGUUUGAUGCAUUAGAACAGAAAUUCAAAAAUACAGAACAGUCUGACCUAAUCAACAGGCUUUAUGAAGGAAAGAUGAUUGAUUACGUCAAAUGCCUUGAGUGUGGAACAGAAAAAUCAAGGGAAGAUACGUUUCUCGACAUCCCAUUACCAGUUAGACCAUUCGGCAGCCAUGUCGCGUAUAACAGUGUGGAAGAAGCAAUUAGAGCGUUCGUUCAGUAUGAAACAUUGGAGGGAGCUAAUCAGUAUCAUUGUGAGAAGUGCAACAAAAAGUGUGAUGCUCAUAAAGGAUUAAAAUUCACAAAAUUUCCAUAUCUGUUAACUCUACAUCUCAAACGGUUCGACUUUGACUACAAGACCUUUCAUCGAAUCAAGCUUAACGAUAAAGUCACGUUUCCGGAUAUAUUAAAUUUAAAUUCCUUUAUCUCGUCCACAACGAGUCAAGAAUCUCCGGGUGGCGAGGAAGAUAUCGGUUUAGGUAUUAAAUGUGAUGAUAGCUCGACGACAGAUAGCGGAACUUUAGAUGACGAUUGCGUGCCGUGUGAUAACAGUCUGUCAAACAGCAAUCAUUCGGCGAAUCACGACCAAGACGAUGAUGAAGGUAUUGAUAUGAGUAAUGGACCGUCGACAUCGAGCUGCACCAUGCACAAUCACGAGAAUGAAAAGAACCGCGGCACUUACAUGCUGGAAAAAGGCCCGUACAUGUACGAACUAUUUUCAAUCAUGAUUCACAGCGGUAGUGCGAGCGGUGGUCAUUAUUAUGCUUAUAUUAAAGAUUUCCGGACGCAAGAAUGGUUAUGUUUUAACGACCAAAGUGUAACUCAGAUAACUCACGAUGACACAAAAACGUACGGCGGUGGACCGUCGAGGGCAUAUUAUAGCGGUGCCUAUAGUAGCAGCACGAAUGCGUAUAUGCUCAUGUAUAGGCAAAUUGAUCGCGCUCGUAAUACUUUACCAAUGCAGGCUCAAGAUUUUCCACGACACAUUCAGACGCUGCUGAAGAAAAUGAAGGAAAGUGAAGAAAACGAUAGAAAAAAUCGUGAGAAACAAAUGUCUGUACCUAGAUUAAAGGUAUACUGUCAUCAUCCGGUGGAGGGAAAGUUGAUGAACAUCAAGUUAUAUGUUAUGCCUGACAUUACGUGGUUCGAAGCAACGGAGAAAGCAUAUAGGAAAUUCAAUCUGGAAAAUGUAGUGAGUCUAGAUCAGUGUCGUUUAGUUAGUUACGAGCAUAAUACGGAUUUAAUAGAAUGCAGUUACGAUGAUCGAGAGCACGAAGCCGUUGGGAAUAUAUGGCGUAUUUCACGUCGCUUCGAUUUUUUGUUAGAAAUUCGGCGGAAAGAUCAGAAGUUCGAGACGUAUUUGCCAGGCGGAGUCGCAACCAAGGUGUUUGUCAUAGACGUGACCAGAGAGGAGGUAAUUGACGGUCCGAUCGAUAUCCGGGGUUCAUUGUCGCAAAGUGUUAAAGAGUAUAAACAAACCGUAGGAAAAAUUAUUAAUAUGGAUCCUAAGCAAAUGAAAGUAAUAUUACUAAAGUUUCCGGAGACUAGACCCGUGGAAAACGAAGACAGCGAUCUUCAGACUGAAGGAUUUUAUAAUGCAAACAAAGUAUUUAUAUCAACGAUGUACGACAUAGAUAAUAACAAGUCUUUUCAAGAGUCAACAGUGCACAGAAUCAUAGAGAAUUUUAGACAUGUUAUUUCGCUGCAUGUCCAAUUGCCAGACACCAGCAAAGAAAUGUUGGAAGAAUUGAAUAUCCCGUUGCUGGAUGAGAAAUAUGAGGAAAAGGAAUCAUUACCAAUCAGUAAUGGUUCGUCUAAACUAGGCGUUAAUGAGUCACAUUGGGACGUCAAUCUGAAGUACAAUGAAACCCUGAAAGGUGCGCGAAAUAGCGACGACACCACCAUACGAAACAUAAGUCCUCAGUUGGGAGAACUCCUCAACGAGGAAUGGAAUACUCCCGAACAAAGUAAUAGCGAAGACAGUAGUCUUAGCGAUAGUGAUAAAACGUUGGUCGGCGAUGCGCCGGAAGGCGUCUUCGUUCAAUCGCAUUCGUUGAGUCGGAAAUACAGGAUGUCGAAUCAGUUUGAAAUAGAAAACUGGGACGACGACGACUCCGAUUAUUACUUCAGAGCUACGCCAUAUAUAGAUAGCACUCAACAAAAACUACUUAAAGUAUUAGUAGAUAAGAGAAUGAGAUUAAGCACUUUGAAGAAGGAUUUAGAGCCGCUUGUGGGAGUACCUGUGGAAUACUUCAAAGUUUUUCGCCUGUCGAAUUCCGGCGAGUCGGAGUGCAGCUGUUUGACGGAGCAGCUUAACGCGUACGAAGACGGUGAAAGACUUAAUGUGAAACUCGGACGAGCCUUGCGUAACGGAGAGUUCAAAGUGAAGUUAUAUCAACUAUUAAUCGAUUCCACUGAGCCUUACAAAUUUUUGUGCGAAUGGAUUGUCUCGAAAGAUAUGGCAGUCGGACAUGCAAAGAAAGAGAUACUGGCAGAAAUAAAGAAAAAGUAUGAUAUAGAUAUACCGUAUGAAAAGUGCCGACUUAGGAAAAAGUAUUAUAAAACAGCCUCAAAAGUAUUCCUAAACGAACAAAAGUUCGAAGAUCUGCGAUUUCAUUCGCAAUUCGAAAUGAUCGUUCAAGAACUUCCGGAUAAAGAGACAGUCAUAGACACCAAUCAGAUAGUAUUGUUUGUCAGAAGGUGGUUACCAGCGAAAUUGCAACUAGCACAAUUCCAAGAAAUUGUCAUGGAUAAUAGAACCGUCGAAGAACUAAAGAAAAAACUUUCCUCAAUAUCAGAUAUUCCAGAAGAAUAUAUAGAUAUAGCGAAAGGAAAAGGUAGUUUCCCAUGUGACAGUUCUGUGCUACGAAUCCAAACCGAUCUUGAUUGGAACGAACAUCAUGAUAGUUUAUCUUUCAAUUUCGAAGAUGGUGCCGUCUUUUUCUAUAGAGAUAAUAGGGAAAAACCAAAACAAUUAAACGCUGACGAGGUAAUGGAAAUCGCUUUUAAGGAAAAUUCACGCUUAACGCCGCUUUCUACUACUUCGAGUUAUAGUCCACGUCGAGAGAGAGCACUUAAAAUUUAUUUGGAUACCGAAUGAUCGUCCAGAGGGAGAGAGCACGCGUCUCUUACAAAUCAGUUGCUAAACAAGCAGGUGUACGAACACAAAACAUUUGUACAUAAAAUGUUUGCGUGUUGGAUGUUUGUGAAAUCAAAAUUCCAUCAAAUAUCAAGUGUUUUGUGUUCCAGUGAAUCUUCGAUACUUCACAGUUUGAGCGUUCCUACAGGUUUUCGGCUUUUUUUCGAAACUAUUGGAUUUUGGAAACUGUUUGGAAUCAUGAACUAUUAUAUAGUAACGCAUAAUUCGGGAUCCUAGUUGUCAUACCUGAUUUCGAGAUUUUUAGAACUUACAUGAUGUGUAAAAUAUCCAAUAUGUAUAUAUCACCUGGUCAGUUGAAUCAGUUUUCCAUCUAUAGAAUUCAACUAAGCAACACGAUUAAUUAUUUAAAA